UUUUUAGCACGGCAAAAUUCCUCUCUCGAAGCUAACUAUAUAUAACGGCACGCUGUCUCUGUAUCUAGGGUUUUGGGACUUCUUCACCUUCUUCACACUCUAAGAGCAGGCGCCGCUUAGCCAAAGACCAACCCUUGCUCCGAAACCCUAGCCCAAAGCCAUGUCGCUGGUAGCAAAUGAGGAAUUCCAACACAUUCUUCGUGUUUUGAACACCAACGUUGAUGGCAAACAGAAGAUUAUGUUUGCUCUUACAUCCAUUAAAGGUAUUGGUCGUCGUUUCGCCAACAUUGUCUGCAAGAAGGCCGAUGUAGACAUGAACAAGAGAGCUGGUGAACUGUCAGCUGAGGAGCUUGACAAGCUUAUGACCAUUGUUGCUAAUCCUCGUCAGUUCAAGAUUCCAGACUGGUUCCUUAACAGGCAGAAGGACUACAAAGAUGGAAAGUACUCCCAGGUUGUUUCCAAUGCAUUGGACAUGAAGCUGAGAGAUGAUCUUGAGCGUUUGAAGAAGAUCAGAAAUCACCGUGGUCUCCGUCAUUACUGGGGUCUCCGAGUGCGCGGGCAGCACACCAAGACCACUGGCCGUAGGGGAAAGACUGUUGGUGUCUCCAAGAAGCGAUGAUCUGGUUACACAGAUUGUGUUCUCUUGCUACAAUGCAGUAUUUUUCGGGUUCUCAGUCAUUUCUUUUUCAAGCAAAAAACUUUAGUAUAACUUAGAUUGUUUGCUUGAACUCUGUUUUGUUUUUGUUGGUUGGAUAUUUCUCUAUGCGUUGUCUCUGACAAGAUCAUAUUUUUGCUUAAAUAUUUUUCCUUGAGAUA